ACAAGAAUCAGAUUUAGGAGUGAUGUGUAAUUGGUUUUCUGCCAAAGUCAACUUUAUUCACAGUCCAAAGGGAGAGGUAGAGAUGAGGAGAGGAGAUGUAGGCAGAGAAGGAGGACUGGGCGUGGUGAGGUGCAGUGGGGGAUGGCAGAUGCAGAGGAAGAGGAGCGUGUGGGGGUUGCCACCAGUCCUGACAGAGCUGCCAGUAUCGUACACAGCCUUUUCUCUAGAGGACAUCUCUAUGCCCUGUGUGGCCACUGGUAACCCACCACCCACGGGAGUUAAUGCCCAUGGUGGCACCACUAACCCUUCCAUUCACCAGACUGAGGCCCAUCUGCAAUCCAAGUGUUCAUGUUCUAAGAAUGACUUUUACACCUCUGCUUUUAGUUUCCGCUGGGUGAAGAACGGGGAAGAGUUUGGGCCGGAGCGUAAUAAUUCUGGGACAUUGAAAGCCGGUGGUGAGGAGCCUCUGGAAUACUACGCUGGGCACUAUCGCUGCUAUGCCUCCAACGCCCUGGGGACGGCCAUGACGCAAACCGUUAAAGUCAUCAUUGAGCCUCAACCAGUUCUUGUAAAACAACAGAAGCUACAAAAGAGCGCUUUUGAGGGAGAGGGUAUCAUACUGACUUGCAAUCCUCCCAAGAGUUCUACUCCUCCACACAUCCACUGGAUGGACAAAAGGAUGGUGCACAUAACUCAGAGUGAAAGAAAAACAAUAGGUCUGGAUGGGUACUUGUACUUUUCCAAUCUUUUGGUAACUGACAGCAGGAAUGAUUACAUCUGCAAUGCCCAAUAUGCGGAGGCCAGGACCAUCCUUCCCGAGACUGCGGUCAACCUCACCGUCAUGCCUAGCAAUGAUGUCCUUCUUGGUAGAAAACCUGAACUUUUCCGUCCCACUGGCCAUCACACUUCAGUGCUGGCCCUCAGGGGUCACAGUCUCACCCUUGAAUGUAUCCCCAAAGGCCUUGGCUUUCUGUGUCUUUUUGCAGUCCCUGAUAUGAAUCCCACUGGUGUGCAGAGUGACUCCACAGACCCAGAGACUCUAAUCAUCACAUGGCCUGAGAUGGACAAUCGCUGGCAUAACGGUCAGGACUUCCACUACAAGGUGUCCUGGUGUGAGGCCGAGGCCACAAACAAGCAGUGGAGACACGCCUAUGUGAAGUCGCCUCCGUUUCUAGUAAACAACACGGAAGCCUACACAGCAUUUAAGAUGAAGGUUCAGGCCGUCAACGCUGUGGGGAAAGGACCGGAACCCGAGGCUGUUAUUGGACACUCCGGAGAGGAUAAACCUGAGGAGGCUCCUCAUGGGAUCUCAACCACUGUGCUGAACAGCACAGUCAUAGUGACAUGGAACCCAGCCCAAAGGGUCCAAGGCUUGCUGCUGGGAUACAAGAUCUACAUCAAAAGGUUGGGUCCUCAGACUGGACAUGGCCUCAGGCCUCAUGGCCACCUACACAACGAGGAGAUCAGAGAAACAAUGGAGGGGGUCAAACACAGAGGCCGGGACAGCUGGGAGGUGGAGGUUCGAGGCCCAAACACAUCCAAAGAAGUGGCGGGUCUGCGUCUCUUCUCUCUGUAUGAGCUCUCAGUCACGGCCUUCAACAGCAAAGGGGAGAGCCCUCACUCCCGAGCCCACCACUUCAAAACCCCAGAGGGAGCUCCUGGUCCUCCGGCAUCAUUGAGCUUUGAAAGUCCUACAGAGACCUCACUGAUUCUCUUCUGGACCCCUCCACUCGAAAUCAACGGCAUAUUACGGGGAUAUGUGGUCCAGUAUCAGCAAAAUGUGGACAACGGACACAGCCUUCUGCAGAUGGAGAUAAUCAGCGAUCCCAAUGUGAAUCACAUCAUGCUGAACAACCUGGACCCCCAACACUAUUACACUUUUAAAGUAAUAGCACGCACCACCACUGGAGAUGGACCUCCCAUCACCAGAAGGGGCGCCACCCUCCUUAACGGGGUUCCUCCGACCAACAUCACCGUGUUGACCGGCAGCACGUCCUUCAACCUGAGCUGGGUGCCCGGAGAGAGACACAGAAACCACGGCUUCCGCAUCCGAUACAAGAAAAAUGGUAAAUACAGGAUUUUUAGUGGUGCCAGGAGGUUUUAUGGGUUUAUGAGUGGGGUGGAGUUUGCUGAUGCUGAAAGUGAAAAGAAAACCACACAAAUUCUCAUAUAUGUCACAUUUGUGCACGUUUACGCUGCAGCUGUGCAUCACUGGGAAGACUCGGGGGUGGUGAACACCACGCAGGGUUUCCAUUCGCUGGCGGGCCUCCAACCAGGAUCUCAGUACCACCUGCAGAUCUUCCACGACAACAGAACUCACUGGGAGAAUGUUGUCUGGACCCUGGAACCAGAGAUGCCCCACGGUUUCGCCACCAAGGGCUGGUUGGUGGGGCUCAUCAGCGCCAUCGUGCUGCUGGUGCUGAUAUUGCUCAUUCUCUGCCUCAUCAAGCGCCGGAAGGGCGGCAAAUAUUCAGUUAAGGACAGGGAGGACAAGCAGUUGGACUCUGAAGCUCUACCUGUGAAAGAUGAAACCUUUGGAGAGUACAGCGACGUGGACGAGAAGCAUUCGGCCAGCCGGACGUCCGUGGGCGAGGACAGCCGGCUGGGCAGCGAGGACUCUCUGGCCGAGUACGGGGACAGCGUGGACAUCCAGUUCAACGAGGACGGCUCCUUCAUCGGCCAGUACAGCGGCCGCGAGCGCAUCGCCCACGGCAACGAGAGCUCCGACCCGGCCUCCCCGCCCAGAAUAAAUUGGCUGAUCCGGGGCUUUUAUUUUGGUGACCCCACGGUGAUCAUAGGACUCUAUGAGGGUGCUGUAGCCACAGAGGAC